GCUACAAUCAUCCUCAAGCAGCCUCACCUGGACUGUCUCCAUGGUUACUAUCCCAACCAGGUGAUUAGCUCACCUGGCUGCUGAGUCCAAGUACGUUCCUCAGUGGAGACGAGCUUCCAGCUGAGAGAGUUUCCAGCGUCACCAUGAGAGCUUCUGUGUUCACUGUGCGGUUCCUCUUGAUGAUCUGCGGCUGCUUCAUGAGACAAACGAGGGUCGGGGGCCAGUCGGAGGGUGUUGCAGCGGGUUUUCUGUCUGCAGGUUUGGUGCAGACAGAGUGUCGGGACCGCUACCUGUGGAUCCGUGUUGCUUCGGUGCAGACGCCUCGCUUUGAAGCCGUCGACGAUGACGGCGUCCACGCCAUCAGCACGCAGCUGGCCUCACGCUGUGGUUACACCAUCAGCGCCUUCAGGGUGGACGGCUCCACCGUCCUCAGAGCGUCGUUUCACUCCUGCUUCACCCACAACCAGAACGACGAGGUGUUCACCUUUAAGUUCAACGUGAUGCUGAACGACGGCGGUGGCGGCGCGAUGAGCAGCCGGUCUGUUUCCGCGGUCUGUCCUGGUCUCAGCUGGACCCACAGAGAGGUCACCUGUGAGGAGGACUACAUGGAGGUCAACGUGAAGAGAGAUUCUUCAUGUGGCGGUCAGGGGGUGGAGGGUAGACGGGCGUGGCAGGAAGCUUUCUUUAAGGCUCAGAGGACGGCCAGUUCUUCCUGGCAGCUGAUGUUCCUGCAGAGCGACGGACAGACCACCUCCAUGUCCGUCCCAGAGGCAGAGAGGUGGGGCUACAGCCUGGUGGCCACCUCUCAGAGGGUGGUACUUCGAUCUCCUUUCAAUCAGCCACAUUCUGAGGUCACCAUGGUUGAUGGUGUUCCUGUAGAGACUGUCCAGGUGUCUCUGUUCUUUAAGCAGAAGCUUGUACUGGUGAUUACUGACAUGUCCAUGGCCUGCACGCUCAAUUCAGGAUCGUUUGAUGGCACUCGGUUGCUCUGGGACGUCCCUCAGGUCCUACCCGCUCUGGCUGUGGAGGGAGCAGAGUUUAAAAGUCGAAGCUUCAGUCUGGGACUGGAGGGUUUCCUGCUGGAUGUAGCUUCUGCCACCUCCAGAGGGCUCAGCCUGGUUCACCAAGGAGGAAUGGUGAAGAUCGGAGUUCCUUUCGGGUCAGAAGGAGGCUUCAGGAAGAGUUUGGUGGUGAAAAAUGUUUACCAGGAGUCUUAUACGGCCCUCCUGAUGUAUGAACAUGUCUUCUCUCUGGUCUUUGAUGAUGGCCACAGCGUCGACACCAAACACAGAACAUUCAAAGUGCUUGAGACGCCGCUGAUCCGUAGGACACCGUUCAGCCUCAACCAGACCAUUGGUGAGCAUCAGGAGUUCAAGGUCUACCUGGGGAACAUUCCAGCGGAUGUCAUGUUGGAGGACAUCUGGAUCAACGGACAGCAUCCGCUGAUGUUGGGAAAACCAGAGCAGGGUCUCAGCGUCGGUCCGAUUGUUCACCUGAACGGCAGCAAAGCCUACGAGCUGCGACUACCCUUCAACGACCCUACCGUGCAGAGGACGAACGUGGGUGGAAGUGUAGUACAGUACUCGAUCGAUUUAAACCUCACCUUAACCAUCCUGCCCCAGAGGGAGUCCUACUACCACCAGGACCUCAUCACAGCACAAGUUUUUGACGCAUUCCCUCAAGAGAUAACGGCUUACUGUUUGGACGGAGGAAUUUCCUUCAGCAUCAUCGGAGCGUCUCAAAGUCUCUGGGAAGUGGGAGUCGACCACAAGCCUCUGACGGAGCAGCUGGUGGCCCAGAGAGGAUACCGCCUCCACAACGACAGCCACAGAAUCGUCCUGGACGUCCCCGUUUUCUCUGUCGGAUACACUUAUGAGGGCAUCAACUUGUCAAACUUUUAUGGAACAUUUAAGCUUCUUUUAAGAGACUCCAAAACACUAGCGGUCCAGGCGUCCACCUCCAAGCGAUGCCUCUUCAGAACAGAAGACAUGAUCGUUUGUUCAGCAGAUGGUACCAUGACGGUGGUGGCGACUCCGACCUCCACGUGGCCCAUGGUGAGACCUGAGAGAACCUCUCUGCUGGACCGACGCUGCAAACCAAAGGAGACUGAUGGCUCCAGAGUCCUGUUUGAAUUUAUGGUGGACUCCUGUGGAACCAGAGCCUCGGUCGGGGAAUGGUACAUAGUUUACGAGAACGAGAUUCUCCAAGAACGACUCCUGGUUGCAGACGGGCCGAACUUCAUCUCUAGGGAACCUCAGUUCAAGGUAACGGUGAGGUGCUUCUAUCCUCUGAGUGCGGUCAACAGAGUUUCUUUGGACCGGACCUUCGCCUCACCGACUCCUGGAAUUGGAUCAGUGAGGGUUGUCGAGAGCCAAAGAGAUUCCAUGAAGAAACCAUGUCUGUAUCAGCAUCCAGAGAAUACCCAUGCCCCAUCCGACAAGCUCCACCUAACCCAAUCUCCGUUGGGAACCCUGCCUUUUCCGAGCUUCGUGCCUCGACCCAAACCAGGAAAGAGCCGCUUCAUCACGGUACCGGGAGGAAAAAACAAGAUGCUCCCCUCCUCAAACCCGGACCGUUCUUCAAAAACAGCAACCCAGCAAGUCUCUCGGUUUUAUCCAUUAACUGAUGUGGAAAACCUCAACGCUCCAGUAGAGAACUCUGAGGGAGGGCCGAGUGAAGGGUAUAUGACCUUAGCGUCAUUUCACAGGAUUCCCAAAGGUCCAGUCAGUAGAAACCCGGGAAGCUCAAGUCAGACACGUGUGAGUCUGAACAAGUUCCCUGAAGGCACCAAGGGCACUGGUCUACCCUGGAUUCGGCACGUUUCUGGUCAAAGAGACAUUGCUCACCAUCCAUCACUCCAGAGUCUUUCAGUUGAUUCCUCAUCUGGCACUGCAGACCAAAAGCAGCCAACUUUAAGCCUCUAUGGGUCCUCAGGUGUUGGGAUGGCAGUCGGUGAGGUUAAGAACCCAGUCUACCAACCUCAGUAUCAUUAUGAGCCAACUCAAACCCCUCAACACCCUACUUUCCAGCAGCCACCAGAUCACAUGGGGAAUGAACUCCCCCAGCCAAGCAGACAAGAAAUGCUUCAUCCGGCUGAUGGUAAAAGUGCUGUCCCACACCAGUCUGACCUCCUGCAGAGGUUUCUCUACAGCAAACUGACAACUUCACCCUUCCAUAAUGUCCAAAAUAUGGAAGGACUUGGACCAGUUGAACAGAAUAUUCAGUCAGCAGUGCAGAACGUCAGAGUGAAACCUCCCAGCAAGUUUGUCUCUUCUGUACUGCGUCUCAACCAAAAGCCCGUUGUUCAACUGACGGACUUCCAAAGUCCUAACCUCUCCAAGUACGUCGCUGGUAUGACGCCUCUCGGUGAAGGGAACUAUUGGUUCUAUCGACAAACUACUGAGAACAGAGGGUCCCAACCAGGAGAACACAUCCCAGAGAGACCAGGUGUCUCCACACCUAUGCAGGAACCUGUUCUUCAGAGUGUUCUGGAUCAGUCCUUGGUCAUCAACUUAACUGAUCCUUCUCCCAGCCAGGUGAAGCACAGCUGCCCACAGGUUUCUCAGUUCUCUGGCCAAAUGGAGCACCGGCCUUUAAGGGCUGAGACAAAUGAACAAAAACCGGAAUCCAGUUCUUCUCAAAGACCUGUUCUUCCAAAGUGUGGAUCUUACCUCAUCAGAGUGAAACCAGCUGGUCUUGCAGUGAGGUUCAAGGCUCGGGACCCGUCUGAGCCUUCACAGAACCAGGAGCACUCUGAUGGCAUUCUGCCAACUCCUUCAUUAACCAAGAACCCAAGACUGGCCAAUACUGGAGUCAAACCCCUAACCACAGGACAAGUCAAUCGUCAAACAGGGGGGACGAGUCCCCUAACCACAGGACAAGUCAAUCGUCAAACGGACCAAACUGGUUCUGAUGCAAAAUCAUUGAUCCACAGCACAGACUGUGGAGGUGAAGCCGGUCUGUAUGGAACCAGUGUUCACCAAGGAAUCAUCAGAGGUGGGCGGCUCUGAUCACUGCUGCCUCCAUCCUAAUGUUUAAUAAAGAAUAUUUGUCAGUCAA